CAGACUACUACAGACCAGCAAAGGACUACUACAGACCAGCACAGGACUACUACAGACCAGCACAGGACUACUACAGACCAGCACAGGAGUACUACAGACUACUACAGACCAGCAAAGGACUACUACAGACCAGUACAUUACUACUACAGACCAGCACAGUAGUACUACAGACUACUACAGACCAGCAAAGGACUACUACAGACCAGCACAGGACUACUACAGACCAGCACAGGAGUACUACAGACUACUACAGACCAGCAAAGGACUACUACAGACCAGCAAAGGACUACUACAGACCAGAACAGGAGUACUACAGACUACUACAGACCAGCACAGGACUACUACAGACUACUACAGACCAGAACAGGAGUACUACAGACCAGCACAGGACUACUACAGACCAGCACAGGAGUACUACAGACUACUACAGACCAGCAAAGGACUACUACAGACCAGUACAUUACUACUACAGACCAGCACAGUAGUACUACAGACUACUACAGACCAGCAAAGGACUACUACAGACCAGCACAGGACUACUACAGACCAGCACAGGAGUACUACAGACCAGAACAGGAGUACUACAGACUACUACAGACCAGAACAGGAGUACUACAGACCAGUACAGGACUACUACAGACUACUACAGACUAGAACAGGAGUACUACAGACUACUACAGACCAGCACAGGGCUACUACAGACCAGAACAGGAGUACUACAGACCAGCACAUUACUACCACAGACCAGUUUGGUGACCAGUGGAACCAGCAGGAUCAUUUUGAUGGGAAUCCCAGACCAGAGGGCUGUGACUGGACAGUGAGUGACCCCAUGCCUCUGAGUCCGGCUGCCAACGCUAAUCAUGAGCCCCCUGAUCAUCCCCGGCAACCAGCCGCUACCAAUGGCAACCAGCCAGGUUUCGCCCUUGCCAGGGACGACGGGAGGACUUCCUCCCCAGAUCCUCCUGACGACGGCUCUGGAAACAGCAUCGUCAUCCGUAUUGGCAUCCCUGACCUGCAGCAGACGAAGUGUCUGCGGUUGGAUCCCGAGGCAGCAGUGUGGAGCAGUAAGCAGCGUGUGUUAGUGACUCUAACACAGAGUCUGACUGAUGUUCUUAACUACGGUCUGUUUCAACCGGCCUUCAACGGACGAGCUGGGAAGUUCCUAGACGAGGAGCGACUGCUGAAAGACUACCCUCUACCCCCCAUCACCCCUAUUCCCUAUCUAGAGUUUCGCUAUAAGAGGCGUGUUUACACUCAGAGCUAUGUGGACGACAAGCAGCUAGCAAAGCUCCAUACCAAGGCCAACCUAAAGAAGUUCAUGGAGUAUGUUCAUCAGCUCAGCGUUGACAAAGUCUCCAGGUUCUUGGAGAAAGGCCUUGAUCCUAAUUUUCAUGAUGCAGACACAGGAGAAUGCCCCCUGACCCUGGCGGUUCAGCUAGAGGGCAGUUCAGAGCUGAUUAAAGUUCUGAGGAGUGGAGGAGCUCACCUGGACUUCAGGACUAGAGACGGAAUCACAGCGCUGCACAGAGCUGUUCUCUCUAGGAACCACACAGCACUCACAACUGUGUUGGACCUGGGUGCGUCUCCAGACUAUAGGGACAGUCGUGGGUUAACUCCGUUGUACCACUGUGCCAUGGUGGGGGGAGACCCGUACUGCUGUGAACUGCUGCUGCAUGAACACGCUGUCAUAGGCAGCACCGACGAGAAUGGCUGGCAGGAGAUCCACCAGGCAUGUCGUCAUGGGAACGUGCAGCACCUGGAACAUCUGCUGUUUUACGGAGCCGAUAUGAGCUCUCAGAAUGCCUCAGGGAACACUGCCCUGCACCUGUGUGGUCUAUACAACCAGGACGGCUGUGCCAGAGUUCUGCUGUUCAGAGGAACAAAUAAAGACAUUAAGAACUACAACAACCAAACAGCUUUUCAGGUGGCCAUCAUUGCUGGGAAUUUUGACCUGGCAGAGAUCAUUAAGAUCCAUAAGGCCUCAGACGUAGUGCCUUUCAGAGAGAGCCCUUCCUAUUCCUCAAAGCGCCGACGUCUGGGUGGGGCCAAUAAUGUUGGUGUGUGUGGCUCAUCAUCUCCCCGUUAUCUGAUUCGCUCAGCUAGCGACAACGCUCUGGAAAGCCCCGCCUCUUCUUCCCCCGGCCCCUCCCUCCAUAGUCUGGAGAACACAAACACUUCCACCCGGCAGGCAGACACACACAGCCUUCGCAGACAGACACGGCGCCUCAGCCCGAGUGGCAGGCUACAGAGGGACCCCAGCCCGCCCCCAUCUCCCCCCAGCCCAGUCCAGCAUGGGAAACGUAGGCUGUACAGCGCCGUGCCGGGGAGGACGUUCAUCGCUACCCGCUCUCACACACCGCAGGGCCCCGGAGAGAUCAGCCUGCAUCGUGGGGAGAGAGUCAAAGUGCUGAGUAUAGGAGAAGGAGGGUUCUGGGAGGGUUCAGUUAAAGGACGGACCGGAUGGUUUCCUGCUGACUGUGUUGAAGAGGUCCAGAUGAGACAGUACGACCCACGCCUAGAAACACGAGAGGAUCGCACCAAGAGGCUUUUCAGACAUUACACCGUGGGUUCCUAUGACAACUACACUUCCUACAGUGAUUAUGUCAUCGAGGAGAAGAGUUCUGUGCUACAGAAGAGAGACAGUGAAGGAUUUGGCUUCGUCCUCCGUGGAGCUAAAGCGGAGACCCCAAUAGAGGAGUUUGCUCCUACCCCAGCGUUCCCGGCGCUGCAGUACCUGGAGUCUGUUGACUUGGAGGGUGUGGCCUGGAGGGCGGGGCUUCGCACUGGGGACUUCCUCAUUGAGGUAAAUGGUAGUGAUGUGGUGAAGGUGGGUCAUAGACAGGUGGUGUCGCUGAUCCGUCAGGGAGGAAGUCAGCUGCUGAUGAAGGUUGUUUCAGUCACACGCAAACCUGAGUCCGACUUAGUCCGUAAGAAAGCACCUCCUCCACCUAAGAGAGCACCCAGCACGUCGCUCACACUGCGCUCCAAAUCUAUGACUGCUGAACUGGAAGAGAUAGCCUCUGCCAGGAGGAGACGAGGGGAAAAGCUGGACGAGAUGUUGACUGAGUCCCAGGAGGCGAUGAUGAGAAAAUGCCCCUUGGAGGCGGACUACAGAGCGGCCACCGUGAAGCAGCGGCCAACCAGCAGACGAAUUACUCAACAAGAGAUCAACUCUUUGUUUGAGCGGCAGGGCCUGCCUGUUCCUCCAGGGGUUUCCUUGGGUCUGGAGAAAGCCACCAUGCAGCUGCCUCGUGGAAUGUCUCGGACCAAGUCCUUUGGUGCACCAGAGGAUGACAGGAUCUCUGCACUGAUUGGAGAGCAUCGGUUUCCAAGGAGCUCUUCGAUGACUGAUGGCUUCAUACCUCCUCCUCCACAGACUGCCCCCUCCUCCCCCUCUCACUACUUCCUGGACUCUGGCCCGCCACCGGCCUUCUGCCCUCCACCUCCCCCGCAGCGAGCAGCCGAUCAAUCACACUCCAGCUUCAAGCCGGGGGCGGAACCUAGGCUGCACGAGGUCUGUGAUUCGCCAACGUCUCGGAGCCAUGCAGAGCGGCAGAGGAAAGCUCGCUCCAUGAUCAUCCUGCAGGACUCACCUGUACCAGGCUAUCUACCUGCAGAGUCUGCCCCCCUAGGCCGACCUUCUGGGGCUACAGCAGGGCUGGGCCUGUCCCGACCCAGCCCUGCUGCUUCCCCCAGCCCUCUCUCCAGAACCAGCCCUGCUGCCUCCCCCAGCCCCCUCUCCAGAACCAGCCCUGCCCCCAGCCCUCUCUCCAGAACCAGCCCUGCCCCCAGCCCCAGCAUCCUCUCCAGAACCAGCCCUGCCCCCAGCCCUAACCCUCCAGGGGAGCGCAGCAGCAACAGGAGGCGUGGCCGACCAGUAGAGAACCCGUAUGCCAACGUUGGUCAGCUGCCUGCCCCCCCCAGCAAGCCUCAGCGCCGCAAGUCUCCGCUCCUCAAACAGCUGCAGGUGGAGGAGGGGCCCAGCAGGGCAGAGCUAUACCAGCAGCAGGUGCUCACUGAGCGUGCUCAGAUACGGGUCACGCCCCCUCAGGGCCGUAGGUCCUCCUUCUUCCUGUCUGUGGAGGGAGGGGGUUCAGAGCCCCCUCCCAUCCUACUGACCCAGUCCCACUCUGUAGAUGACCUGGGGGAGCUGCCCCCCCCAUCCCCCGUCCUCUCCCCCUCCUCCUCCCCCCACUCCACCUUUCUUCACCCACUGACAGGCAAGCCUCUGGACCCCUCCUCCCCCCUCGCCCUGGCCCUCGCUGCCCGCGAACGAGCUCUCACAGCACGCACACCCAGCCCUGAACCCAGAACCAAACACGCACACUCACCCAGCCCCGAGCCCAGGCCCAAACGAACCCCUCCUCCCCUGACCAGCCCUGAGCUCCAUCAUAAACGUAUCAACCCACCCAUAUUCCUUGAAGGACAGCUGGAGCGGCCAGUCGUAGAACGGCCAGAGACAGAAGGUGGAGUCACAUCUCCUGCUGUGCCCUCCCCCGAGCGUUGGCAGGCUAUGCCCCUCCCUCCCAUCAGUCAGGUGACCAUCAAUAUAACCAAUGAAAGCCAGCCGGCAGGACGGGGGCUGGGGGAAGAGCUGAUUGAGGCGCUGCAUGGACAAUUACAGAGGAGGCGAAGUCUGACCGUUGGCAGCUCAGAGGAGGAGGGAGGGCCUUAUACGGUAACCCAGGGCCAAUCAGAGAGGAGGAAGAGUCUGGAGGGCGGGCCUUACACGGUGACCCUGCCCCCUGCACUGCUGUCAUCCAGUGAUGAGGAGACGAGGGAGGAGCUUCGUAAGAUUGGUCUGGUGUCUCCUCCCCUGGUGUUUGCCACGCCCCCCUCCCCCACCCAGCCCCCCUCCUCCCUCAGCCUGUCACCACGGAGACCCCAGGCAGGUGAGGGCAGGGGAGGAGGGGAGUCAGCUCCAGACUCAGGGGUGGAGGAGGGAGACACUCACAUAGAGAACAUCUUAUCCCCCAGCAGCACCCCGACCCCCAGCCUGCCCCCCACCCUGCCCUCCCCAGAACCCCCCAGCCUUUCACUGCCACCCCGAAAAUCCUGCCCUCCACCACCAGACCCCCAGAGCCUGAAGCCCAGGCUGCGUUCUCCCCUGGGCCGUGGUCGCUCUGCUCUCAGGGAUCCUCUACUGAAACAGUCUUCAGACAGCGAUCUGCUUCCAUCUGGCUGUGGACCUGGACGCCCACCACCCUACCUCUUCCAGAGGAGAUCUAAACUUUGGGGGGAGGUGUCCGAGUCUCGGCCCAGGCAGAGUAGCCCUGAGGAGGGCAGGCCGACUGCCGUGGGGGGUGGUGGGCUGGAGCUGGCCUCACGUCUCCAGUUACUCAGUAAAGACUCCCACUCACUCGGAGAGGAGCCUGCAGGACUGCUGGACCCUGGACAUAGGUCCCCUGUGGGCGGAGCAAGAUGUCGCCAAGACAAUGGAGAGACUAAAGAGUUGUUUAGUAGUCUUGGGGAUGUCCACACCAUCUCCCAGAGAGGUUUUGGUGGCACCACCUACACAGUCCGACCGGGGAGCCGCUACCCAAUCACACCUCGCCGCAGUCCCAGCCCCUCCCCUCACCUGCCCCUGUCCUCUCACCAGACAGGUCAGAGGUCAGUCCUGGGCGGGGCUUUGGCCUUAGCUCCUCCCCACCACCACACCAUCCUCAAGUCGUCUAGCCUCAGCUUGCCUUCGGAGCCCAAGGAGGUCCGCUUCGUAAUGCGGAGUGCCAGCGCUCGAACCCGUUCCCGCUCGCCCUCCCCCCCCCCCCACGCCUCCCCCUGCCCCUCCCCCGUACUGGGCUCCCCCCUGCUCGCCCUGCGGCCGUGGCGCCAACGCCCUCUAGCUCUGUGGAGUAAGUAUGAUGUGGGAGACUGGCUGGAGAGUGUUGGUUUGGCAGAGCAUCGUGCCCGCUUCCAGGAGCAUGAGAUUGAGGGUUCCCACCUCCCUGCCCUCACCAAGGAUGACUUCGCUGAACUAGGCGUGACACGAGUCGGGCACCGCAUGAACAUUGAGAGAGCACUCCGACAACUGCUGGACAACUGAACCUCUAACCCCUGAUAUCACUGAAGGGCUGUCACACCUGAACCCUAACCCUCUGUGGCUGUAACCUGGCAACACCAGUGGCUGUAAUCUGGCAACACCAGUGGCUGUAACCUGGCAACACCAGUGGCUGUAACCUGGCAACACCAGUGGCUGUAACCUGGCAACACCAGUGGCUGUAACCUGGCAACAUCAGUGGCUGUAACCUGGCAACACCAGUGGCUGUAACCUGGCAACACCAGUGGCUGUAACCUGGCAACAUCAGUGGCAGUAACCUGGCAACACCAGUGGCUGUAACCUGGCAACACCAGUGGCUGUAACCUGGCAACACCAGUGGCUGUAACCUGGCAACACCAGUGGCUGUAACCUGGCAACACCAGUGGCUGUAACCUGGCAACACCAGUGGCUGUAACCUGGCAACACCAGUGGCUGUAACCUGGCAACACCAGUGGCAGUAUGCUUUCAGACGUCUAUUUUCCAAAGACAGCAUCACAUGGAGUUGAGCAUUUAGUAUGAACUUUUUAUGAAUAUACAAGAAAAUACCUCCUCCAUCGAAAUAUCUACAAUGUCGACAUUUUCCAAUAAUGAAAUUGAUGAUAAAUGUUUAUUAGGAAUAGAUAUAUUUAAAUAAAAUUCUGUUUUUCAUAACUUUAUUAUGUUUAGGGAAGGAUGAGAAGUGGUGGAUGAGACUUCAUCGUUAACCUGUUAGUCUACUACAUUACCCUGUUAGUCUACUACAUUACCCUGUUGGUCUAUUACAUUACCAUGUUUGUCUACCCUAUUAGUCUACUACACUACCUUGUUAGUCUACCCUGUUAGUUCAAUACAUUAUCCUGUAAGUCUACUACAUUGCCAUGUUAAUCUACCCUGUUAGUCUACUACAUUACCCUGUUGUCUAACCUGUUAGUCUACUACAUUACCCUGUUAGUCUACCCUGUUAGUCUACUACAUUACCCUAUUAGUCUACUACACUACCCUGUUAGUCUACCCUGUUAGUUUACUACAUUACCCUGUUUGUCUACCAAAUUACCUUGUUAGUCUGCUACAUUACUAUGUGUAUAAAUCUUUGGCCUAAAUUAGUUUAUUCUGUCAGGAAGACCGCGAAUGAACCUCACUAAUAUACAUGUUUUAUAUGAAUUUUAAGCAAUGUUGACAGGAAAGUUUCCAGUAUAUGUUUUCUAAUAUCCCUCGCUACUGGUUUGUAUGGAUUUUAUACCUAUCUGUGAUGCUCUAAGGCUAAAAGGUUCAGAACAGUAUUUUUACACAGAAGACGGUGCUAUUUCACUAAAGCCAUCUGUACAGAGCAACCCUACGCCUAAACCUAACCCUAAACCUAACCCUAAACCUAGCACUUAACCGAAGCUUAAGCCCAGCACUAAAACUAAACCUACACGUAAACCUAGCUAACACUAAUGCCUUGGGAUAUUACCAUGGUCCAAUAGCGCACGCAGGCACGCACACACACACACACACACACACACACACGUACCACAGAUACAGGAAAUUCCAUAGUCACAUGACAGGGUAGAGGAAGUUCCAGUUAGUCCAGUAGGGAAGGGCACAAGCAUGGUUCAUCUGCAGUGUUUUAACAUGCAUUGUCAUGUAAAACAUUGAACCUCGUAAUCAAAUUUGUUCAGUCUUAUUUUUAUCUUCCUUCCAAAAUGUUUUUUAUUGUGCAGGAUUGCGCCCUCCCCUGUACUAGGUUAGGAUAGUACCCUCCCCCCUGUACUGGUUUAGGAUGGUGCCCCCCCUGUACUGGGUUAGGAUGGUGCCCCCCCUGUACUGGGUUAGGAUAGUACCCUCCCCCCUAUACUGGGUUAGGAUGGUACCCUCACCCCUGUACUGGGUUAGGAUUGUGCACCCCUGUACUGGGUUAGGAUUGUGCCCCCCCUGUACUGGGUUAGGAUGGUAGCUACCCCCUGUACUGGGUUAGAAUGGUGCCCCCCUGUACUGGGUUAGGAUAGUACCCACCCCCCUGUAAUGGGUUAGGAUGGUACCCUCCCCCUGUACUGGGUUAGGAUGGUACCCUCCCCCCUGUACUCGGUUAGGAUGGUACCCUCCCCCUGUACUGGGUUAGGAUGGUACCCUCCCCCCUGUACUGGGUUAGGAUGGUACCCUCCCCCCUGUACUGGGUUAGGAUGGUACCCUCCCCCCUGUACUGGGUUAGGAUGGUACCCUCCCCCCAGUACUGGGUUAGGAUGGUGCCCCCCCUGUACUGGGUUAGGAUGGUGCCCCCCUUGUACUGGGUUAGGAUAGUACCCUCCCCCCUGUACUGGGUUAGGAUAGUACUCUCCCAGCUGUACUCGGUUAGGAUAGUACCCUCCCCCUGUACUGGGUUAGGAUAGUACCCUCCCCCCUGUAAUGGGCUACGAUGGUACCCUCCCCCCUGUACUGGGUUUGGAUAGUACCCUCCCCCCUGUACUCAGUUAGGAUAGUACCCUCCCCCCUGUACUCAGUUAGGAUAGUACCCUCCCCCCUGUACUGGGUUAGGAUAGUACCCUCCCCAUACUGGGUUAGGAUAGUACCCUCCCCGCUGUACUGGGUUAGGAUAGUACCCUCCCCCCUGUACUGGGUUAGGAUAGCACACUCCCCCCUGUACUGGGUUAGGAUGGUACCCUCCCCCCUGUACUGGUUUAGGAUAUUACCCUCCCCCUGUACUGGGUCAGGAUGGUGCCCCCCUGUACUGGGUUAGGAUGGUGCCCCCCCUGUACUGGGUUAGGAUAGUACCCUCCCCGCUGUACUGGGUUAGGAUAUUACCCUCCCCCUGUACUGGGUUAGGAUUGUACCCUCCCCCCUGUACUGGGUUAGGAUGGUACUCUCCCCCUGUACUGGGUUAGGAUAGUACCCUCCCCCUGUACUCGGUUAGGAUAGUACCCUCCCCCUGUACUGGGUUAGGAUGGUACCCUCCCCCCUGUACUGGUUUAGGUUGGUACCCUCCCCCCUGUACUGGUUUAGGAUGGUACCCUCCCCCCUGUACUGGGUUAGGAUAGUACCCUCCCCCUGUAAUGCAUUGUACUGGGUUAGGAUGGUGCCAGGAUGGUGCCCCCCCUGUACUGGGUUAGGAUGGUGCCCCCCUGUACUGGGUUAGGAUGGUUCCCCCCCUGUACUGGGUUAGGAUUGUACCCCCCCUGUACUGGGUUAGGAUGGUACCUUCCCCUGUACUGGGUUAGGAUAGUACCCUCCCCCCGGUUAGGUUACUGUAUGUGUUGAGUGGCAGUUUUGUUUGACAGAUUGUCAAGACUAUACGUUUUAUUCUGGUUGUGAUUUAAGACUGUACAUUUUAUUCUGGUUGUGAAGGAGGAACUCCCAUUUAUAUUUGAUGAUUAAAUAAGGUUAGAUUAUUAUUUGUCUAUUACAAUGAUGCUUGUUGAGUAUUUAGGUGUAUUACAUCGUGUUCUCUUUUAAGGGCCAUUUUCUCCUCCCUCAUGACACUAUCUAACCCCUAACCCAAUAAGGGCUUGGUGAGGGUCCCCACAUGUAUUAUUUCCAGGUGUAUGUACAGUUUAUUAGGUACACCCAUCUAGUACCGGGUCGGACACCCAUUUGCCUCCAGAACAGCCUGAAUUCUUCAGGCAUGGUCGGGAAACGUUCCACAGGGAUGUUGGUCCAUGCUGACGCGAUGGCAUCACGCAGUUGCUGCAGAUUGGACGUCGGUCCACCACCACCAGCCUGUACCGUUGACACCAGGCAGGAUGGGUCCAUGGACUCAGCAUGGCGCAACAGGAACCGGGAUUCUUCGGACCAGGCAAUAUUUUUUACACUUCUCAAUUGUUCAGUGUUGGUGAUCGCGUGCCCACUGGAGCCCUGUGUGGUCAUCUGCUGCAAUAGCCUAUCCGUGAAGGAUCAACGAGUUGUGUGUUCCGAGAUGCCGUUCUGCACACCGCUGUUAUUUGUCUGUUUGUGGUCCGCUUGCGUGAUUCUUGCCACUCUCCUUCGACCUCUCUUAUCAAUGAGCUGUUUUUUGCCCACAGGACUGCCGCUGACUGAAUGUUUUGUGUUUGUCAAACCAUUCUUGGUAAACCCCUAGACACUGUCGCAAGUGAAAAGCCUAGGAGGUCUGCUGUUUCUGAGAUACUGUAUCCGGCGUGCCUGGCACUGACGAUCAUUGCUUAGGUCUCUCAUUUUGCCUAUUCUAACGUUCAAUCAAGCAGUAACUGAAUGUCUAUCUGCAUGCUUUAUAUAGCAAGCAACGGCCACAUUGCUCACUGUCUGGAGCGAUCCGUUUUGGAGAACUAGGUGCUGUACCUAAUAAACUGGCUGAUGUGUAUCAAGGUGUAUCAUACCAUUGUUUUCCUCUGUAAAUGCUCUGUUCCUCUGGGGCCUGAUGACAUUCUUACAUGAACACCUGAGAUCUAACUGCUCUUUACAGUUUAUAAUACAAUUUACUACUGAAAAUGCC